CCCUUUUUCCCUUCUAACCCAAUUGAGAGAGAUUAAGAGUCAAAAAAUAAGUAUCUUGAAAAAAAUAAUAUAUGUAAGGGUAGGUCAAGGUUUUCAAUUACAGUUUAUAAAUGUAAUUUUGACCACAAGAUUAAGAUUUUGGAUAUUGUGUCACAUCAAUUAUAUUUUUUUGUAAGUUUCAUAGUAUUAAGGUUUUAGGGGACUCCACAACCACUACUUCGACCACAAAUUAGAACCUUGAUAAGGAUAUUUGAAAGAAUAAGUAACUACAGGUGAAGAAAGGUAGGAGUUUGGUUUCAUAUAUACACACAUUGGAAGGUCUCUCCUCAGAUGACUACUUUGAAGUAUCUUGGAGUACCCUGGCGUCAACUUUUUUUUGCCAGAAAGUAUCUUAAAGUACCAGGUUUUUCCUCUCUUCACACAGCUCCAAAUUCCUCUGUGGAACUUCACUCACAAGAUGAGGAAGUAGUGAUUGCUUUGGGAAGUAAUGUAGGUAAUAGGCUGCAUAACUUCAAGGAAGCGUUGAAAUUGAUGAGGAAGGCAGGCAUAAACAUCACAAGACAUGCUUGUUUGUAUGAGACAGCACCAGCAUAUGUUACUGAUCAACCUCGCUUUAUCAACUCUGCAGUUCGAGCUGUUACUAAACUCAGGCCACACGAGUUAUUGUCGACACUCAAAAUAAUUGAGAAGGAUUUGGGCCGUACAGAUGGGAUAAGGUAUGGUCCAAGGCCGAUUGACUUGGACAUUUUAUUCUAUGGUAAAUAUAAAGUCAGAUCUGAUAUCCUCACUAUACCGCAUGAAAGAAUUUGGGAGAGGCCAUUUGUUAUGGCCCCUUUGAUGGAUUUACUGGGAUCAGCUAUUGACAAUGACACAGUUGCUACCUGGCAUUCAUUUUCAGGCCAUUCCGGUGGACUCUCUGAAUUGUGGGAAAAAUUAGGUGGCGAAUCCCUUAUAGGAGAGGAAGGUAUGCAUAGAGUAAUGCCUAUUGCAAAUGGCUUACUUAACUGGUCACAGAGAACUUCUGUCAUGGGGAUCCUUAAUUUGACUCCAGAUAGUUUUAGUGAUGGGGGAAAUUUCCAGUCUGUGGAGUCUGCUGUUUCUCAGGUUCGGUUAAUGAUUUCAGAGGGAGCCGAUAUGAUUGAUAUUGGUGCUCAGUCUACUCGGCCAAUGGCGUCUAAGAUCCCGGCUGAAGAAGAAUUAGGUAGAUUAAUCCCUGUCCUGGAAGCUGUGAUGUCAAUGCCUGAGGUAGAAGGAAAGCUCAUAUCCGUGGAUACUUUCCACGCUGAAGUCGCUUCCGAAGCGGUGAGUAGAGGGGUUCAUCUCAUAAAUGAUGUAUCCGCAGGGAAGUUAGAUAGUAACAUGUUUAAGGUCAUGGCAGAUCUUGAUGUUCCUUAUGUUGCAAUGCACAUGAGGGGGGACCCAUGUACAAUGCAGAAUAGUGAAAACUUGAAAUAUGAUAAUGUCUGUAAAGAGAUAUCAUCAGAAUUAUACUCGAGCGUUAGAGAAGCCGAAAUGUCAGGAAUCCCAGCAUGGAGGAUUAUUAUUGACCCUGGCAUUGGAUUCUCAAAGAAAACUGAAGACAAUUUAGAUGUCAUCACAGGAUUGCCUGACAUCAGAGAAGAGAUUGGUAAAAGAAGUUUGGCCAUUUCUCAUGCUCCUAUACUAAUUGGACCCUCAAGAAAGAGUUUUUUGGGUAAAAUUUGUUCUCGUCCAGAUGCAGUUGAGAGGGAUCCUGCUACCAUUGCUUCAGUCACAGCUGGUGUUUUGGGUGGGGCUAAUAUUGUUAGAGUGCAUAAUGUUAAAGAUAAUCUAGAUGCUGUGAAGCUUUGUGAUGCAAUUCUAAGACAGAAAAGUUCUCACAUGAAAAUUAGACAAUGAAAUUGUCUUUCUAUCCUACCUUUGAGCCCACCAAUCUGGCUUUAUGCAAUAAUUCUUUUGCUGGUGUUCUUUGCCAUAACACUCCUGCUCCCAAGUCAUGAAGAACUCCAAAUGCUGCCAAUAGCAAAGAAGCAUGAAG